AUGCAAAAAAAAAUAUUUGAAGAAAAAAUCGGACAGCGUAAGUAUAACGAGGCCGACGUGACAAUCUGCCCGGGGUACGAAGCACGAUCAAGGAGUAAGUCACGAGUGAGUGCUGAAAAAGUAGAUGAGCAAGAGGUAGGUACGCUUACUCUUAUUCGACAAGACCCAGUAACAGUAGUUGUAAAUUUUAUGGAUCGUGUUAGUGUGAUUGUAGUUGAGUUAAGUACAUUGUGUCGUCUUUUCAGCUUCAUUCAUUGUUCUGUUAUAGUUUGUUGUAAA